GUUAUUAUACGAGGGGUAUUCAGAAAAUAAGUUCCGUUUGUAUUAUACGUUUAGUAAGGUCGAUGUAUGAGCGAGCUGGCAACACAGCAUUGAAGAGGGGAAGCUACCGAAUAGAAUGAGCGGUGUUCGGCGUCAGUAGCUCGUGAAACACGGUCAGGAGAGGUUAUCAAAAUGGAGUCCUCCACUUCGCGUCCCGCCACCUCCAUUCCGAUUCCUUCUCGAGUUAUUUUGCGCGGCAUCAUUCAGUUUCUUUUUGCUCAAGAUUUUAAAUCGGUUGAUAUUCACAAACAGCUUGUUCCUGUAUAUGGAGAGAGUGUGAUGAGUGAAUCUAUGGUGCGGAGAUGGGUCCGAGAAUUUAAGGCAGGAAGACAUUCGCUUGAAGACGAAAGUGGGAGAGGCAGACCUCCCUUAUCACGGAUGAGUUGACGACAAAAAUUGAAAAUGCGAUUCGCAAAAAAGCUGCGUCGGGCCAUUCAGAACAAAAGAAGGGGGAUGUUGACGGCAGGUGUGUCCCUUCUUCACGACAAUGCUCGGCCGCACGUCGCUGCUUCAACAACUGCACUUUUGAAUCAGUUUAGUUGGGAUGUUUUGACCCACCCACCGUAUAGCCCGGAUCUAGCACCAUCGGACUACCAUCUUUUUACGAAACUGAAGGAGUCCUUGGCCGGAAAACGCUUCCAAAGCGACGAGGAAGUUCAGACAGCUGUAACUAACUGGACUAAAGAACUGGCGGGAAGUUUCUAUGCAGAAGGGAUUUCGAAGCUUGUUUCCAGAUAUACAAAAUGUAUUGAGAUUGACGGGAAUUAUGUAGAAAAAGACUAGAAGUUGUCAAGUAUU